UUUAUAUAUCUCAGAUUUAGUUUUCUCUUUUAUCUUAUAACCCAAUCUUAAUAUUAACCCCAGAUUUGUUACAAACCAAAUAUAAAAAACAGACAAAGAGUUCUUGGUUAUUGAAAGGAGAGACCUUUAUUGAUUAGAGAAUGAUGGAGGGGAAAUUGAGGUUAAGGGUUUAAUGGUAGGAUGGGAAGUUUCAAUCAUAGUUCAUGUUCAUUUAUUGAUGUUGAGAUUAAGUAUGUUGAUGAAUGUGAGGAGAGGUUAAAGAGUUUGUUUGAUCAAGCUUUGUUGGUUUUUCUUGAGGAAGAGGGUAAUAAAAGGCCUCUCCCUGCGGUUCUCGGUGAUGGCGAAAAGGUUGAUUUGUUUAAGCUGUUUGUGUUGGUGAGGGAGAAGGGAGGGUUUGAAUCUGUGUCUAGGAAAGGGUUGUGGGAGGUAGUGGCUGAGAAGUUAGGCUUUGAUUGUUCUGUGGCUCCAUCUUUGAGGUUGAUUUACUCGAAGUAUUUGGACCGGAUGGAGAAAUGGGCGGUGGAGGAAUCGAGGAUUGUGAAUUGGGAUAAUAAGGAUAGUAAAAAGAAAGGGUGUUAUGGGGGUUUGUUGCUUGAGUUAGGGGAUGGAUUUAAGGGUUUGUUGGAUAAUGGGAAGUGUCAAAAACGUAUCAGAGAUGUGGCGUUUGGUUGUAAGCAUAGGGAAGAGUCGUGCUCAGAGUUUGAUAGGUCUAGGAAGAGGUUUAGAGAGAGUGAUGAUGAUGAUAAAGGAUUAGAAGUGUCUUGUGUUGCUAUUAGGGAUGAGUCUGUUGUAUGUGCUGUGGAAAAAGGCUUGUUGGAAUUGUCCUUAGAGAAGAAGCAAGACGAUUUACCGGGAAUGUUGAAGUGGCUGGCUUCAGUUGCAACAUCUCCUCAUGAUCCUUCCAUUGGAGUUAUACCGUACAGUUCAAAAUGGAAGGAGUGUUGGCUCCAAGUGGCUAGAGCAAAGAACGCUUUACUGGUUCAGAGAAACAAUGCUGAACUCAGAUAUCAAAAUUCUCCAUUUCUGGGUCACCAAAAUAUGCAUCAUCCGUCUAUGUAUGAAGAUGAUCGAAAGUCGAUAGGGAGGUUAAGAUACAGAAUAAGGCCUCCAAAACUAUCCAAACUCUGUUCGAGCUCGUGUUGCAGUGGAAGUAGUUUGGUCUCUCUAUAUGAAUCAGGAUCUAACCAUUGCAGAGAACUGAUGAUCACUGAGGGAGCAGACCUUAUUGCAGGAACCUCUAGAGCCACAGAGCGAAAGAAACCAGAUAUCCGAAGAAGGUUAGGACCAAAUUUCCAAGCCCAAGUGGAUGAAUGGACAGAAUCUGGUUUAGAGAGCGAUACUAAAUGGUUAGGAACCCGUAUAUGGCCAUUAGAAAACAGUGAAGCUUUAGAUCAUACGCUGGGAAAUGGUGUGAUUGGAAAAGGAAGGCCAGAUUCUUGCAGCUGUGUCAACAUCCGCCCUGGUUCUGUCGAAUGCAUUAGAUUCCACAUUGCCGAGAAGAGAAUGGAGCUGAAACGUGAGCUCGGCGAUGUCUUUUUACAUUGGAGAUUCAAUCACAUGGGAGAAGAAGUGUGUCUCAGAUGGACAGAGAGAGAAGAGAAGAAGUUUAAAGACAUGAUGAUCGCGGAUCCUAAGUCUUUCUGGAAAAAUGCGGCAAGGUGUUUCCGAAGCAAGAAGAGAGAAGAACUUGUGAGUUACUACUUCAAUGUGUUCUUGAUUAACAAAAGACGUUAUCAGAACCGUAUGACUCCAAAACGUAUAGACAGUGAUGAUGAAGGAUCUUUUGGUUGUGUUGGUGGCAGAUUUGGUGCUGCUGCUGUUACUUCGGUUGGUUCAGAUAUUAUGAUAUGUUCUGAGAAUCGUCAGUGUUUUGACUUUGAGUGAAGAAGCAGAAGAUUGUAACAAAAAAAUGUGUUGUAUAAGGUUUAACUCAAAAACUUCUUUGGAAGAUAGAAGUAUAGGAGUUUGUAGCUUUUUUCUUUGUAAGUUUUAAAAUUCAAUAACUAGCAAAAGGUGUA